CUCUGGGUCAGAGGCUGGCCAGCCGCCCCAGGGGCUCCGUUCCUAGCUGGCAAUUCAGUGGGGCCAUUUAUUGCUGAGCCUGGGUGGCAUGCGCUGGUGAGGGCAGAUGCCAAUCUAGCAGUACCAUCUCAGCAACCAGAGCCCAGGAGACCAGAGAGACCAGAAAGAAAGAGAAGUCCAGGAGGAGAACGGGCUCCAAGGAGCCCGAGUGCUGGUGGAGACCCGUCACAUGGUAGCAAGUGCAAAAUUGAAAAUGGCUUCCCCAGAACCUAAGGGCCUCGUCCCCUUCACCAGGGAGUCUCUUGAACUUAUGGAACAGCGUAUUGCUAAAAAACACAAUGAGGAACAUAAAGAAGAUUUAAAGCCAAACACUGACUUGGAAGUUGGAAAAGAGCUUCCAUUUGUUUAUGGGACUCUUCCUCGAGGAAUGGUAUCAGAGCCCUUGGAAGACCUGGACCCAUACUACCAGGAUCAAAAUACUUUCAUGGUAGUCAAUAAAAACAGAACAAUUUUCAGAUUUAAUGCCACCUGGUGUACAUUGUCUCCUCUCAAUUCAAUUAGAAGAGCAACUGUUAAGAUUUUGGUACAUCCCUUUUUUCGACUGUUCAUUUUGAUUAGUGUCCUGAUUGACUGCAUAUAUAUGUCCAUAAAAUAUUUUCCAAAAUGGGGGCCAGAAGUACAGAUCACUUUGCUUGGAAUUUACACACUUGAAAUACUUGUAAAACUCAUUGCAAGAGGCUUCUGGACAGGACCUUUUUAUUUCUUUGGUGAUCCGUGGAACUGGCUUGAUUUCAGUGUAACUUUGUUUGAGCAUAUAACAAUAUAUUCACCUCUAAACUUCAGACCAAUAUUUAGAGUUGCAAGAAAUUUGAGAAUUUUGAAAAUUAUUCCUUUAAACCAAGGCAUGAAGUCUUACGUAGGGAUCCUAUUCCAGUGCUUGAAGAAACUCGCUGGUGUCAUUAUCCUGACUCUGUUUUUUCUGAGCUUAUUUUCUCUCAUUGGGAUGGGGCUCUUCAUGGGCAAACUGAAACACAAAUGUUUCCGAUCGCCCCAAGAAAAUGAAACUGAAACCCUGCACAACAGAACCAGAAACACAUGUUAUACUCGAGAAACAGAAAACUUCUAUUAUUUGGAAGGAGAAAGAUAUGCUCUCCUUUGUGGCAACAGAACAGAUGCUGGUCGGUGUCCUGAAGGAUAUAUGUGUAUAAAAGCUGGCAUGAAUCCUGACAAUGGCUACACAAAUUUUGACAAUUUCGGCUGGGCCUUAUUAGCCCUAUUCCGGUUGAUGACGCAGGAUUACCCUGAAGCACUGUAUCACCAGAUCCUCUAUGCUUCCGGAAAGGUCUACAUGAUAUUUUUUUUUAUAAUAAGUUUUUGGUUUGCCUUUUAUAUGGCAAGUUUGUUCCUGGGCAUACUUGCUAUGUCCUAUGAAGAAGAAAAGCAGACAGCUGCUGAAAAAUCUAAGAAGACCGAACCAAAAUUCCAGCACACUUUACUUCAAGAAGAAAAUGAAGCAGCUGAGACCAAGACCACACAAAUAGAAAUGAAGAAAAGAUCACCAACGUCUUCUUUGGAUAUUUUGGAUGAUGCUACUCUCAGACAUAAAGAAGAACAUACAAAAUCUCAGAAGAGAUGCCCAAUGUGUUGGUAUAAAUUUGCUAAAAUUUUCUUGAUCUGGAAUUGUUCUCCCUGUUGGAUAAAAUUGAAAGAGUUUGUCCAUGUGGUUAUAACGCAUCCAUUUACUGAUCUUUUUCUCACUAUAUGCAUAAUUCGAGACAUAUUCUUCUUGGCCAUGGAACAUUAUCCAAUGAGUGAAGCAUUCACCAGUGUACUCAGUAUUGGAAACCUGGUUUUUCUUGGAAUUUUUACAACAGAAAUGAUUUUUAAAAUAAUUGCCCUGCAUCCAUAUGGGUAUUUCCAAGUAGGUUGGAACAUUUUUGAUAGCCUAAUUGUGUUCAUUGGUUUAGCAGAACUUUUUCUAGUGGAUGCUCAUGGACUGGAUUUUCUUGGACCAUUAAGGGUGUUGCGAAUUUUCAAGUUGAUGAAAUACUGGCCGGCAUUUAAAAUGCUGAUGCUGACUCUCGCUAAGUCACUGGUGGCCCUGAAAGACUUGAUCCUGCUCUUGUUCACAUUCAUGUUCUUUUCUGCUGUGGUUGGCAUGAAGCUGUAUGGUUCGAGUUAUGAAGACUACGUCUACAACUUAGACACAGACUGUCAGCACCUACGCUGGCACAUGAUUGACUUCUUCCACUCCUACCUGAAUGUGUUCCGGAUUCUCUGUGGAGAGUGGAUAGAGACUUUAUGGGAUUGCUUUAAAAUAGCAGACCAAUUCAGUUGUGUUCCUUUUUACAUGAUGGUCAUUUUAAUUGGAAACUUUUUGAUACUUUACCUGUUUCUGGCAUUGGUGAGCUCCUUCAGUUCAUACAGUGCUGCAACAACUGAAGAAAAUGAAGAAGCAAAGAAUCUGCGGCUUGCGGUGGCAAGGAUUAAGAAAGGAAUAGACUGUGUGCUUUCUAAAAUAGUGUGUAGAAGACGAAAUGUUCCCAAGGACACAAUAGGCAAUGUAAAUGAUCCACCUGUUACAGAGAAUAUUUCUGACCAUAACCUUUCUGAAGUGAGCACCACCCAAGAUUUCCUCAAGGACAAGGAAAAAAGCAGUGGCACAGAAAAAAACACAAUGACUGAAAAUGAGACUCAGUCUCUCAUCCCUAGUCCUAGUGUCUCUGAAACUGUACCCAUUGCUUCAGGGGAGUCUGAUAUAGAAAAUCUGGAUAAUAAGGAGAUUCAGAGCAAGUCGGGUUAUGGCAGCAGCAAAGAGAAGGUAAAGCCAUCUAGCUCAUCCGAAUGCAGUACGGUUGAUAUUGCUAUCUCUGAAGAAGAAGAAAUGAUCUAUGAGCAUGAAAAGCCAAGGCAUCAUAAAAACAGUUAUGAACGUAGAUCUUUACCAGGUCAAAUCAGUAGAGAAUCCAAGAGAAGAAAAAUUUGGCAAAACAUAAGGAAAACCUGCUGCAAGAUAGUAGAAAACAGUUUCUUUAAGUGCUUCAUUGGCCUUGUCACUUUGCUCAGCACAGGAGCUCUGGCUUUUGAAGAUAUAUAUAUAGAUCAAAGAAAGACGAUAAAAAUCUUAUUAGAAUAUGCUGACAUGAUCUUCACUUACAUCUUUAUUCUGGAAAUGCUUCUAAAGUGGAUGGCAUAUGGUUUUAAAGCUUACUUCGCUAAUGGCUGGUACAGGCUGGACUUCAUGGUUGUUAUUGUGUUUUGUCUUAACUUAAUAGGCAAAUCCCGGGAAGAACUUAAACCACUUAUUUCCAUUAAAUUUCUUCGUGCACUUCGAGUUCUGUCUCAAUUUGAAAAAAUGAAGGUGGUUGUAAGAGCUUUGAUAAAAACAACUUUACCCGCUUUGAAUGUGUUUCUGGUCUGCCUUUUGAUCUGGCUGGCUUUUAGCAUCGUGGGAGUACAGUUAUUUGCUGGCACAUUCUACAAAUGCAUUGACCCAACAAGUGGAGAAAGGUUUUCUAUAUAUGAAGUCAUGAAUAAGAGUCAAUGUGAAAGUCUUCUAUUCAAUGAGUCCAUGCCAUGGGAGAAUGCAAAACUGAACUUUGAUAAUGUUGGAAAUGGUUUCCUUUCAUUGCUUCAAGUAGCAACGUUCAAUGGAUGGCUCACUAUUAUGGAUUCAGCUGUUGAUUCUACUGGUGUAAAUGUGCAACCUGAAUUUGAAUGCAACAUCUACAUGUAUUGUUACUUUAUUGGCUUUAUUAUCAUUGGAUUAUUUCUUCCUCUGACUAUGCUGGUCGGUGUUAUUCUUGCUAAUUUCAACAAACAUAACAUGAAGCAGGGAGGCUCAAAUAUCUUUAUAACAGUAAAACAGAAGAAACAAUACCAUGCACUGAAGAAGCUGAUGUGUGAGGAUUCUGGAAAAACAAUACCUCGCCCAAGAAACAAGUGCCAAGGAUUCAUCUUUGACUUGGUAACAAAUAAAAUUUUUAAUAUCAUCAUUAUGGUUCUUAUCUGUUUCCAAGCAAUAACCAUUAUGAUACAAAGUGAUGAACAGAGUCUGCAGAUGGACACUGCUCUCUCCUGGAUCGACCUAGUUUUCGUUAUUCUGUACACUGCAGAAUGUGUGCUGAAGCUCAUCUCUUUCCAUUGUAACUAUUUCACCAGUGGAUGGAACAUUUUUGAUUUUAUGUUGGUCAUUUUGUCUAUUACAGCACUCCUUCUGCCUCAGAUGGUAGGAUACUACCUUGUACCUCUUUCCCUGGUGCGACUGAUACUUCUCUCUCGGAUCAUCCACGUCCUGCGUCCCGGGAAAGGACCAAAGGUGUUCCAUGAUCUGCUGCUUCCUUUAAUGCUCUUCCUCCCGGCAUUGUUGAACAUCGGUCUGCUCAUCUUCCUGGUCAUGUUUGUCUACGCCAUCUUUGGAAUGUAUAAUUUUGCCUAUGUUAAAAAGGAUGCUGGAAUUAAUGAUGUGUCCAACUUUGAAACCUUUGGCAGCAGUAUGCUCUGUCUUUUCCAAGUUACAAUAUUUGCUGGUUGGGAUGGGAUGCUCGAUGCAAUUUUUAACAGUCAAUGGUCCGACUGUGAUCCUGAUAAGAUUAACCCUGGGACCCAGGUUAGAGGAGAUUGUGGCAACCCCCUUGUUGGAAUUAUUUAUUUUGUCAGUUACAUCCUCAUAGUAUGGCUGAUCAUUGUAAACAUGUACAUCGUUGUUGUUGUGGAUUUUUUAAAUAUUGCUUCUAAAAAAAAAGCCAAGUCCUUGAGUGAAGAUGACUUUAGGAAAUUCUUUCAGGUGUGGAAGAGGUUUGAUCCUGAUGGGACCCAGUACAUAGAUUCCAGCAAGCUUUCAGAUUUUGCAGCUGCCCUGGAUCCUCCUCUUUCCGUGGCAAAACCAAACAAGGGCCAGCUUGUUGCCAUGGAUCUUCCAAUGGCUGUUGGGGACAGAAUUCAUUGCCUUGACAUCUUACUUGCUUUUACAAAGCGAUUUGUGGGUAAAGAUGUGAAGAUGGAGAAACUCCUUUCAGAGAUGGAGUCAGGGUUUGUGUUAGCCAACCCUUUUAAAAUCACGUAUGAACCAAUUACAACUACUCUGAAACGAAAACAAGAGGCAGUCUCCGCAACCAUCAUUCAGCGUGCUUAUAAAAGCUACCGUUUGAGGCAACAUGACAAAAAUACAUCAGAUAUUCAUAUGAUAGAUGAUGACAGGGAAGGUCAAGCUACCAAAGGAGAUGUCUAAUUUGGUAAAGCUGAGGAAAAGUCAACUAUUCAAAACCAGAUCUAA